AUGAAGCUACCCACCAUCUCUCUCAUCCUCUUCUCAUGGCUCGCCCAUCUUCUCCCCUUCGCAACAGCUGGCAACCUCCUCGAAUCAACGGCCCUCGUGAGCUGUCAACAGGGCUCUCAGCUAACCGCUACUCUCUUUCACAUCGUCAUCACCCCCAACAACUCAAUAGUCACCAUCAACGUCAAUGGAGUUGCCUCUGUUCAGGGUUAUGUUCUCUUCGAUGUCACCCUAGACGUCUACGGCCAUGAGUUCAUUCAUCAAGUAGUUGAUCCCUGCAACAUGGGCUUCGACAUUCCAUCUCUGUGCCCCAUGGCGCCUGGUGAUCUCGAUCUGGUGUUCAACUUCGGCAUUGGCGAUGCCCUGGACCAGGUUCCUGACAUUGCUUACGGUAUUCCGGACUUGGAUGCCACCGUGCGUGCAUAUAUCAAUAUGACGUCGACGGGGGAGUCAGUUGCAUGUGUCGAGGCAAACUUUGGAACGGGAAAGACGGUUGAACAGCUAUCAGUGAAAUGGGUCACUGCCAUCAUCAUAGGAAUCGGCCUCGUCUCAUCAUCCUUCAUCUCGCUAGCUGGCUAUGGCAAUGCAGCCGCCCAUCUGGCUGCCAACACCCUCUCUCUGUUCACUUACUUCCAAGCUCAAGCCAUCAUCGGCCUUACAGGCAUCACCAUGCCUCCCAUCGUCGACGCCUGGACUCAGAACUUUCAGUGGUCUAUGGGCAUCAUCCGUAUGGGCUGGAUGCAAGAUAUCUUCACUUGGUAUCAGCGCGCAACAAACGGCAAACCCGCUCGCAUCUUCGAUCGUCUCGCCACCGCCUCCGUCCAAGUUGCGAAACGCUCCCUUGAGUACAUCCCCAGUGCGGAGGCUUUGGUGCGCCGCAGCUUUGCCAUAUCGAAGAGAUCCAACAUCGAGCUCGAAAACGGUUCAUUCCUUGUCUACGGCAUUCAGCGUGUCGCAUUCCGCUCACAUAUCGAGACGACAAACCUCUUUCUGACUGGCAUCGUAUUCUUCUGCAUCUUCAUCGUUCUUGCUUGCAUUGCGGUGCUACUUUUCAAGCUCAUCCUAGACCUCUGUGCAAGGCAAGGUUGGAUCAAGCCCGAUCGCUUCCUCGAAUUCCGAACAGAGUGGCGCUCAAUCCUCAAAGGAACAUUCCUGCGACUGACCCUCAUGGGCUUUGCUCCCAUCACCAUCCUUUGCCUCUGGGAAUUCACUCAGUCUGACUCACCGGCGCUCAUGGUUCUUGCGGUCUUCUUCUUUCUCACCGUUCUUCUCACACUCUCUAUGGCGGCUUUGAGGAUCAUCAGACUGGCAAGUCUAAGUCCGCUUAUUGGACUGUACUCCAACUCGCAAAUCUUGAACAAAUGGGGUUUCUUGUAUAUUCAGUACCGGGCUACAGCCUACUACUUCAUUGUACCUCAGCUUGUCUACAUUCUUCUCAAGGGCAUGUUCGUUGCUCUUGGCCAGAAGAGUGGAGUGACCCAAGCGGUUGCCCUCAUGAUCAUCGAAGUGGCUGCUCUUAUCGCGACAAGCGUCAUGCGCCCCUUUAUGGACAAGAGUGUCAACUCUUUCAACAUUGCCAUUUUUGUUUUCAAUUUUCUCAACGCCAUCAUGCUCUUCAUCUUUACCAACGUCUUGGACAUGCCCAAAAUGGGACCAUCGAUCACUGGUCUUGUUCUGUUCGUGGCCAAUGCCGCCUUUUCUCUCAUCCUUCUUCUCAUGAUCAUUGUCUCGAGUGUUCUUGUAUUCUGGCGAAAGAACCCAGAUGCUCGAUACAAGUUCAUGGCCGACGACAGAGCCUCAUUGAUGAAGUCCAGGUCAUCAACACAGCUUGACACCAUGACACAGCUCGAUGCCUUGGGUGCUGCGGCCCGAGGCGACCCAAGAGGACAUUCUCGCCCUGUCUCGUCGUCGUCGUAUCUAGCAGCGCCUGCAUUCCCUAACCAUGGGCAAAAGCAUUCGUCGGCAUCUUCCCUCUCUUCGAGGAGUCCCCAAAAGGAUUCCCAAACAGAUGUGCGAACUGUGGAACGGUAA